GACAUCCUUUCCAUUCGUCUAUCCUUGAUGACCGCGACGGUGUCUAAUUACGGAUGACCCUUUACCAAAUUUGUCUGGACCACCGCGCGGCCGCGGGAUAGCUUGACGAAGGGACGACCUUUUAAGCUCUGGUACGCCCACAAAUUUCCACCACGGUACCAGACAACCUUACCUUAGCCUCACGUGACUGUGGAUCCGGAGGAAGUUUGGAGAUAGGAGCGCGACACGACGGACGACUGCUAUAAGAGUUUCUUUUCCCUCCACUGCGCCUUCCGAAGAGCCCGCACCGAACCUUACAUCCGAACGUCACGUCUCAUUACACGAUUCCACGAACCUACCGAACUCGACCUUACUUUCUGAAUUCCCAAAUCAUCUGUAACUAAACGCGCCGAGUCAAACCGGCCCGCAGCAACAACAUGACCCGCUCCUCCAUACCUCCGGCUCUGCUUGAGCUCCGCAACCCCUCCACCCCCUCCGCACAGAUUACCGCCUUACGCGAUCUCAAGAAUGAAAUCGUAGGCCAUGACCAACGGAAAGAGAUGGCUGUAAGGAGUGGGGUUGUGGGGCCUCUGGUCAGGAUACUGAGUGAAGGAUCAAGGAGGGUCGGGAAGAGGAAUGGCGGCGGGGUCGAGCUGAAUGGGAGUGCGACUAGGAUAAGAGGUGGCGAAGCUAGGAUAGGCGGUAGUCAGGAGGACUGGUCGGCUGAGGAUGAGAUGAGGUUGCAGGCUGUGCUUGUGGUGGGGAGUCUAGCGCUGGGUGGACCGGCUUUCGUUACGCCUCUCCUGGCUGGCAACAUUCUUCCGCCCCUUCUGGACUCUCUGGUCCUGAGAGAUGUCCCGUCGAAGCUGAUCGUGGCUACGUUACGGACGAUUAUAACGAUUGCGGAUGCUGUGGCUUUGGACAGGUCGUGGACGGAGACGGCGGAUGGACCCCUACGACCGUCAGCCUCGACAGUGAUGGCCUCGCAACUAUAUACGAAAACCGUGGUAGAGAGCUUCGCAGAGAUUCUUGUGCAGCCGCAUCCAUCGAUGAUCGUGCAUCAAGAGAUAUCACUGACGGUCCAACUAAUCACGAAAACGUGCCAGGAUGAUCGGCAGCGGAAUCUAUUACUCGGCGCCGGCGUACUAGACGUUCUUGCAACGAAAGUAGCAGUCAUGGCAGCCAGUGGAGAUGUAACGCUGAGAGCUAUCGGAUGCGAAUCGAGGCACCAAUCUCGAGAAGCACUCCCUAUCAUGUAUCUCCCAGACAUCCUAGAGGCCAUUUGUGCGAUUGUCAAGGGCUCGAAUUACCGCACUGCACGGUUCCUCUAUUCGGAACCCAUCACAGAGAUAUUCCCGACGUCCUCCAAGUCAAGUGGCGCGGGCGAGAUCCCGAACCUGGAUGGACAUGCAUCAUCACAAGGCGCCGAUCGAUUCCUCCCUCGACUCCAGGCGGUAGCGAACAAACACGAAAGUCAAUUCUCAAAAGCCUUCCCCGCGCUCGGUUCAAUAUCAAUGCUGGGCAUGAACCCACAGGUCGAUGGUGGGCAGUUCGCGCGUAUUCCCAGCUUCAUAGACGCCCACGCAGCUAUGAAUCGGACCAUCUCAGGCGACGAGUUUGAAAGCCCCAUAUUUCCGUGGCUAAUCAACAUUGCGAGGACGCGCCAUGGAUUCGACCGUUUGAGCGCGGCGAGCCUGCUUAGUAUGCUGAAGAAGUAUAGCGAGGCCUAUCCUUCUGACGAGUCACCCAAGAACCGAGAGAGGGCGCUGGCUUUUUUGGUGGUGCCGUUGUUGGUCAAUAUGAUCCAGGAGGCCGCUCACAGCUGCGACACGAAGAAUAAGAGUCCACCGGGGAACGCGCAGCAGAGGGUAAACGAUCGGAAAUUUCUUGAGCAGGCACAGAUUGUGCUUGCGGACCUCAUCGAGGGCAGUCCGGCGCUACAGAAGGCUGCUGUGGAUGCGAGAGCCAUCCCAACUCUCUGCACGAUCCUGAAGCGGUCGUUCGACCCGGUCGCGGCCUCGUCGAAACCGCUAUGGAGCCCACGAACGAGCGCCGAGGAUGUGAUAGAUCCGGAUGUCGAUCCUGGAUCGAGUACGCUGGGUAGGCCGGGGCUGAGCUCCGAGCUUCUGCAUGCUCUGAGGUAUAGAGAGGGCGCUCUUAGGAGUAUUGCCGCUCUUACGGAUAGAGAAGAUGCUUACCGAAAGGUUGUUAUCGAGAACGGAGCCGUAGCUUGCAUCACAGAGGCGUUGGUGCCAUAUCCCUCGCAAGAGCUGGAAGAAAGUAAUGCGAAACAACCAGGACCGAAAGAUGGUAAUCCGAUACCAGUUCUUAUUGCGGCGUGCUGGGCUGCCAGAUCCAUGUCGCGGUCUGUUAGCAUACUAAGGACGAGUCUGAUUGAUUACGGCGUUGCUAAGCCGAUCCAUGGGCUUCUGACGCAUCCGAAUGUGGAAGUACAGAUUGCGGCGACGGAGGUGCUGUGCAACCUUGUGCUGCAUUUCUCUCCGAUGAGAGAUAGCCUUAUUGAAGCUGGAUCACUGAAGACCAUCUGCGAGCAUGCUCACUCGGCGAAUUCGAGGAUGCGGCUGAAUAGCCUAUGGGCUCUCAAGCAUAUGGUUUUGACCGCGACGAACGACAUCAAGACCAAGUGUCUUGACGAACUAGGAACAGGUUGGUUGAUACGGACUAUCCAAGGCGAACAAAAAGACUAUGCCGGCCCACCGAGUCAGAGCCAUGUGUCAACCGCUAUUGGUAUGAGAACGCCCAACGCAGCCGGCGAACAGGUGGAUCUACUCAAUGCCGUCGACGAACCCAGUAUGGAAAUCGACGAGUCGUCCUCGUCGUCAGGCGAUGAAGACGAGGACAACACUCCUGAAGUCCUCCGCCGACCACCUCAUCGCGCCCUCAACUCCUCCACCAUCCGCUCCGAGCUCAAAGCCAUCAAGCAAUCCGAACAAGAUCCGCGCCUCCGCGCCGAGCACGACGACCUCCGCAUCCAAGAGCAAGCCCUCGACUUCAUCCGCAACCUCAUCGCCGAGUCCAAAGCCGGCGCCGCCGAAAUGAUCGAUCACCUCCUCAGCACCAUUGGCUCCACGCGCUUCUUCGAGAUGAUGGCCAGCAAACUCCGCCCCACGAGCUCCUCCUCGCCCUCGACCAUCUUCCCGCCUUCGCCCGCCCGCACCCGCUCACCCUUAUCGAACCCGCGCGACCAAGGCCUCACUUUCGGCCAACUCCACUUCAACCAGGCCGUCCUCGCGCCGCCUGAGAUCCUCCUCUCCGUCGUUUUCAUCCUCAUCCACAUCGCCAACGGCCGCCCGCAGCACCGCGCGCUGCUCAUCUCGCAGACGCAGCUGCUCAACCACGUGCUGCCGCUGUUCCAGCACCCGGACCGCCGGCUGCGCGUCGCGUGCGUGUGGCUCGUGAUCAACCUGACAUGGAUGGACGAUAGCUCGGACAUGCCGGCGGCGCGGGACCGCGCGCUGAGCUUGAAGGCGCUGGGGGUCGAGCAGAAGGUGCGGGAGCUGACGACGGAUCAGGAUCUGGAUACGCGGGAGAGGGCGAAGACGGCCGUGGAGCAGAUGAGUAAGUUGCUGGAUGGGAGCGGAAAUGGGGGGCCCGGGUUGGGGUUGGGCGGGAUGGAUGGUGGAGGGUUUGAGAGUAGGCGGCCGUUGGGGAGUGGGUUUGGGGGGGCGAGGGGUUGGAGGGGGGAGUGA